GGGAGCUGCUCUAUUUUUGCCUGGUAGAGGUGAAAAUCACUUUUAAGGAACUGAAAAAGACUGGAUGGAUUUUGAGAAAGGGGUUCCUUUUUUUCAAUAUAUUCCUGGGUGAAUUCAGAGGAGGGCCUUUUAAGCCUGUGGUGCAUGUUUCAGAUGGGCUGGACAUUAAAAAUGUUAAUAGGCUCAGCUGGAUACUGAAAAAAAAAAAACAACCCACCAGAGAGAAAUUGCACCAUCUCCAAGCAGUAGUUGAAGACAGAAAGCUGUGAUUCAGGAAAGGACAGCAAGGUGGGAGAAGAGUUAUCUAGUUGGGGAUUAGGAACCAGAGCAGGAGGGGACUCUGCUGAUAAUGGCAGUCUGACAGAAGAUUAUCUCUUGUUUCAUACAACAGUAUCCCCAAGUCUGGUCAUUUCAAGGUCUUGAAUAGGAAUGCCUGCAUCAACUGAUCAGCUUCUGGGCAUCUGUUCCACCAGUGCAGGAAAAACAGAAACAACAGUAGAAAACUGGAAGUCUGAAUUUCAGCUUUCAUAGAAGUGCAUGCAGCCCGACAUGUCCCAUCAUACUUAAGGAAGAAGUGGAAGAAGAUGACCAAGAUGGGAGGUGCAGAAAUGGCAACACUGACAUGAAGAAUAGGUAAUUCACCAUUCAUUUAUUUAUUUUUAUUUUAACCUUCCUUGGUACUGGGAACAUCAGACUUCAUAAGAGACCAGAAAAAGGAAAAUAAAACAUUUUGCAAAGCUAAUUGUGCAUUUUAUUUUUUUUAAAAAUGGACCAAAUUCUGCUUAAAGCUCUAUUGAGCUUGCUCUGGAAUUACUGGCUUUUAAUGGGUUACGCUAAGGCAAACAUGGGGAACAAUCACGUCCACUCCAGUUUUAUUUAUCGGAGAUUACGGAACCAUGAGAGGAGAGAGAUCCAGAGAGAAAUUCUUUCCAUCCUGGGUUUGCCUCAUAGACCCAGACCAUUUUCACCUGGAAAACAAGCUUCCUCAGCACCCCUCUUCAUGCUGGACCUCUACAAUGCGAUGACAAAUGAAGACGAUCCUGAAGAGUUGGAAUAUUUGGUGAGGGGAUCAUCCCCGAGUGGAGAGAGCAAAGGGCUAAGGAAGGGCUACCUGGCAUCUCCAAAUGGAUACUCCCGACGAAUAUACGUAUCACGUACAAGUUCACUGCCUACGCGGAGUCCCACCUUAGCUAGCCUGCAUGACACCAACUUUCUGAAUGAUGCAGAUAUGGUCAUGAGCUUUGUCAAUUUAGUGGAAAGAGACAAGGAUUUUUCUCACCAACGGCGGCACUACAAAGAAUUCCGAUUUGACUUGACUCAGAUCCCCCACGGAGAAGCAGUGACAGCAGCAGAAUUUCGGAUUUACAAGGAUCGAAGUUACAGUCGAUUUGAGAAUGAAACAAUUAAGAUCAGCAUUUAUCAGAUCAUCAAGGAGUAUCCAAACAGGGAUGCAGACCUGUUCCUAUUAGACACGAGAAGAGCUCAAGCUCUUGAUGUUGGCUGGCUUGUGUUUGAUAUCACUGUGACCAGCAACCACUGGGUGAUUGACCCACAGAAUAAUUUAGGGUUGCAGCUCUGUGCGGAGAUGGCAGAUGGUCGCAGUAUCAAUGUAAAAGCAGCUGGUCUUAUAGGCAGGCAUGGUCCUCAGUCAAAACAACCAUUCAUGGUUGCGUUCUUUAAAGCAAGUGAAGUCCUUUUUCGAUCUGUCCGAGCUGCCAACAAUAAGAAGAAAAAUCAGAAUCGCAGCAAAUCCGGCAGCUCACAAAAUACUUCAAGAAUGUCAAGUGUUGCAGAUUAUAACACAAGUGAACAGAAGCAAGCCUGUAGAAAACAUGAACUCUACGUGAGCUUUCGAGACCUGGGGUGGCAGGAUUGGAUUAUAGCUCCAGAGGGUUAUGCUGCAUUUUAUUGUGAUGGAGAAUGUUCAUUCCCUCUCAAUGCUCACAUGAAUGCCACAAAUCAUGCCAUAGUACAGACUCUGGUCCACUUGAUGUUCCCUGAUCACGUCCCAAAGCCUUGCUGUGCUCCAACAAAACUGAAUGCAAUCUCUGUCCUCUAUUUUGAUGACAGUUCCAACGUUAUUCUGAAAAAGUACAGAAACAUGGUGGUGCGAUCGUGUGGUUGCCACUAGAAUUAGGUGGUAAAAAAGAAUGCCGCAAAGUGGACACUCAAAUUUAUCCAGUUUUUUUUUUUAACUAUUUUUUCUUUUUUGGGAUAGAGAAAUUGGAGUGACCAUUUCACAAUAUUUCUCCAAGAAGAGGAUCAGUUCACCCGCAUGGUAUCCUGUCACAACACACGCAAGGCUGCGGUCAGGUCCUCUUUUUGCCACCUCCCCACCCUCUAGGUGCGGCUUCAUUUGUAGACAUUUGGGGAAGGAAAUGUGGUUGUCACAAAAGUCGAGUAAAGAAAACCAUAAACAACAUUAAGAGAAACCCGUGCAGUGGCAUUUUUUUAGGGAGCUGAGAAAAUUAAAAGGAAAAUAGAGUCCCCCAUUGUGGGGAGAUGGGCGGGGACAAGUUAAAUAAAAAAAAGAAAAAGACGCGACAAAUUUAGAUUCCAGCUCUAGAAUGUACAGUACAGCCAAAAGAUACCCCUUUAUUUUCUUUUUCUUUUUUUCAUGGAGAAAAUAAGAAUACUAGAUACAGUAACUUAAUCCCAUUUAUGUCACAUCUCUUUUCAUGUACAGUAUAAUGUACAUAGUAGCUUUUAUUUAUUUAAAGGUAUAUAGGUUCUUUUGUAUGAAUGUCAUUUCAAAUGCUUUAUUGUAUAGGUUUAUCUUAGUAUGUAGUAGAACAUCGAAGGCAAAUUUUUAGUAAUCAUACUGAGAUUUAUUUCAUUUUAUAAAAUAAAGCCUUUGUAUAUUCUCUCUCCACCCUCCCUCCCU